AUGCUUCUCUUUCCAAACCUUCCACGCCUCAGCUUUGAGGAAGACUUCCAGAACCCGAGUGUGAUAGAGGACUUGGUAGAUGCACAGGAUUCCAUAGAUGAGGAAGAGGAGGAUGCCUCCUCCACUUCCUCUUCCUCUUUCCACUUUUUAUUCCUCUCCUCCUGUUCCUUGUCCUCAUCCUUACCCUCUACUCUGAUUCUGGGUGCUCCAGAAGAUGAGGAUAUGCCUGCUGCUGGGAUGCCACCUCUUCCCCAGAGUCCUCCUGAGAUUCCUCCCCAGGGUCCUCCCAAGAUCUCUCCCCAGGGUCCUCCGCAGAGUCCUCCCCAGAGUCCUCUAAACUCCUGCUCAUCCCUUCUUUUGUGGACCCGAUUGGAUGAGGAGUCCAGCAGUGAAGAAGAGGAUACAGCUACUUGGCAUGCCUUGCCAGAAAGUUAAUCCUUGCCCAGCUAUGCCCUGGAUGAAAAGGUGGCUGAGUUGGUGCAGUUUCUUCUCCUCAAAUACCAAACAAAAGAGCGUGUCACAAAGGCAGAGAUGCUGACGACUGUCAUCAAGAAGUAUAAGGACUAUUUUCCCAUGAUCUUCGGGAAAGCCCAUGAGUUCAUAGAGCUAAUUUUUGGCAUUGGCCUGACUGAUAUGGACCCUGACAACCACUCCUAUUUCUUUGAAGACACAUUAGACCUCACCUACGAGGGAAGCCUGAUUGAUGACCAGGGCAUGCCCCAGAACUGUCUCCUGAUUCUUAUUCUCAGUAUGAUCUUCAUAAAGGGCAGCUGUGUCCCCGAGGAGGUCAUCUGGGAAGUGUUGAGUGCAAUAGGGGUGUGUGCUGGGAGGGAGCACUUUAUAUAUGGGGAUCCCAGAAAGCUGCUCACUAUAGAUUGGGUGCAGAGAAAGUACCUGGAGUACCGGGAGGUGCCCAGCAGUGCUCCUCCACGUUAUGAAUUCUUGUGGGGUCCAAGAGCCCAUUCAGAGGCCAGCAAGAGAAGUCUUAGAGUUUUUAUCCAAACUAUCCAGUAUCAUCCCUAG